UCCGUAUGUCAGUGAUAUGAGGGGAAAGUAAAUAAAAACAAAAAACCAAAAAAAAAACAGAUAAAACCAGUAGUGCGAAUACGUUGUGAACACAAAUUUAAUUUUAUCAGUGAAAUAGUAUUGAAAAAGGGUAUAUAUAAGGGAAAAUUCGAAUGAAAAGUUCUUUGGCGACAAAAGGUUCGUUCCUCCAUUGAAUAACCUGAAAUAGAAAUAAAAUUGGGAAUUAAUUAACGAUCGAAAUUGUGUAGAGCAGGAAAAGCCGACGAAUAAUAAAUAAAUUCGUGGACGGUAUAAAACGGUUGUAGCGUGCAAGAGGGUAAAGUGUACUACUUCUUUUUGAACUGCCACAAAUCACGGGCUGCUACAAAAAUUUAGUUCAAUAUCCGAACAUUCUCAAAAAGAAGUAAAGAGAAUUGGAUAUCUUCAAAUCGCUAUGGCCAAUUCUACACCGCCCGUUCUGGAUCUAACGCAGACUCCAUGUGCAUCGUGUGGAGAAAUUUCAACCGAAAAUGAGGAGAUGAUUGGUUGCGAUGGUUGCCAACGUUGGUACCAUGUCCGUUGUGUCAAGCCCGAUGCGAAAGAAAAAGACACAUGGUACUGUGCAGGAGAAUCAUGUCAACGGUUGAAGAGGAAGACAAAUCGCGCUAAGAAAGCUGGUGAUGAAUCGGAUCACUCCAGCGCCAAAUCCGACUGUGCGCUUACUCUGGAAAAUAAGCUGAAAGCGAUGGAAGAGAAGCAAAAACGCAUGGAGCAAGAGCUGGAGAUGGAGAUGAAAGGAAGCGGAUGCUGAUGGAGAAUCAGCUGCGCGAAGAGGAAGAAGAACAAAAUAGAAAGAUACAGGAGGAUAUUCUGCGACAGCGGAAGGAGCAAUUGAAACGAAUGGAAAUGAGACAGCAGUCGUUUGAUCAUGAGAUGAAGGCUAUGGACAAAGCGAUGGCUCGGUUACAAAAAUCCACGGUUAAAGUAUCAACAACUAAACAGGUUGAUGCCGGUGAAGGAACAUCUGGGGAGCAGAAGAAAGUACCUAGCGCGAAGGUCGGGAAGUUAACGAAUGAAAAUUUGCUGAAAUUGGAAGCUGCUCAAGAUGGAAAUGUGGAUAAAAAUGGUGACAUUGAAAAUGAUUCCGAUGAUGAAUCAGAAGACGAAUCGGAGGAUACAUCCGAUAACAGUUCGGAGAAAAGUAAAGGAACGAAAAAGAGUGAAAUCACGAAGAACGCCGACCGGUUAAGCCAACACGGGCAGGGGCAGGUACGUGCCGCACCCACCAAAACACAGUUGGCAGCGAGAAGCGGAGUGAGUAAAAAGUUACCCAUGUUCUCAGGGAAGCCAGAAGACUGGCCGUUAUUUUACGGAAUGUACCAGGCAUCCACUGAGGCCUGUGGAUAUUCAGAUAUCGAGAAUCUUGUAAGGCUUCAAGAAUGUCUAAAAGGCCAAGCCCUUGAGAUGGUUCGCGGACAGCUUCUUCUACCGAAAUCAGUCCCGAGAGUUAUAGAAAAGCUGCGCCAGUUGUACGGUCGUCCGGAGAAAUUGCUGCAGAGUCAUCUGGAGAAGGUUCACAGAUUGGAACCACCGAAAACUGGCAAGCUAGCUACAUUCAUCUCUUUCGGAACGGCAGUAGAGCAGCUGUGCGAGCACCUGGAGGCAGCGGAUCUCAAACAACAUUUGGUAAAUCCUUUGCUUAUUCAAGAUCUGGUCAAAAAGCUCCCGGACAACGACAAGCGUGAGUGGGUGCGCUUCAAGCGAGGAAAGAAAAAAGGUUACGCUCAGGACGUUCCUUUCCGAAAUAGUCUCGGAGGCCUGCGAGGCGAAUGUCAAUAUGGAACUUACCACAAAACCUUUCCACGAUAGUCGAACAGGAAAAAUCCAAGGUAAAUCGAAGGAAAAGGGAGCAGUAUUCAAUCACAGUGAAGCUGGUGGACAUCAGAGAAAUAUGAACCCAUGCAAAGUGUGUCAGCGUACAGAUCAUCGGUUGCGAUAUUGCCAAGAUUUCAAAGCCAUGGCAUACGUAGACCGGAUGAAAGUUGUGGAUCAUUGGAAGCUGUGCCACGUGUGUCUGAACGAACACGGAUCGGCGCAGUGUAAAUUUAAACUGCGGUGCAACGUCGGAGAAUGCAGACAGCCACACAAUUACCUUCUCCAUCCGAACGACGGUGCAGUUGGUACUAGCGCGCACAUUUGGACGAACAACAUCACUCUGUUCCGAAUGAUCCCGGUUUGUCUCCAUUGUAAGGGAAGGUCUAUCACCAUCUUAGCGUUCUUGGAUGAAGGUGCUUCGGUAACCCUGAUAGAAAAGAGCUUGGCAGAUCGUUUGGGGGUUGUUGGAGUACACGAGAAGCUCACCAUAAAGUGGACGGCUGACAUCGCUAGAGAAGAGAAGGAUUCGAAACGAAUGAAUCUUUGGAUUUCAGCGGUUGGUGCAGACGAAAAACUGCUCUUGAAGACAGUUCGCACAGUCCAAAAAUUAAUGUUGCCUACACAAGUGUUAGACGCAGGGAACCUCGCGCGACAGUAUAAGCAUAUGCGGGGUCUGCCUAUUGCUUCAUACAAUGGACGACCGGAAAUGUUAAUCGGGCUAAAUAAUAUUCACUCAUUUGCCCCGCUUGAAGCAAAGAUCGGAGCAGUUGUGGAUCCGAUAGCUGUACGGUGCAAGCUUGGAUGGUCGGUUUAUGGUCCGACGCGAACGAAUGUCAAAACGAAUGGUGAAUUUAUGGGAUUCCACCAUGAAGUAUCCAAUGAAGACCUUCAUGAACUGCUGAAGACUCACUACACGUUGGAAGAAUCAGUAGUUAGUAUUCCUUUAGAGUCUGCUGAGGACAAGGGAGCUCGCGAAAUCCUCGAGAAAACAACGAAAUGAAUCGGUGACCGUUUUGAAACUGGGUUGAUUUGGAUGACGGAUGAUCCACAAUUUCCGGAUAGCUAUCCCAUGGCUUUGAAUGAAGCAACUAGAGAGGAAGUUAGAGAAGAAUCCUGAGCUCUAUGCAAAUGUUUGCAAGCAAAUCGACGAGUACCAGGAGAAAGGGUACCCCCAUAUUGCUACCCCGGAAGAACUCGAAGCAAUUGUUUCCAAUAAGGUAUGGUAUCUCCCACUUAAUGUCGUACUAAACCCCAACAAACCAGGUAAGGUACGCCUCGUGUGGGACGCAGCAGCUACUGUACAAGAUGUCUCUCUAAAUUCACAAUUAUUAAAAGGCCCUGAUAUGCUAGUAUCUUUGGUUCAUGCAAUCGUUGGGUUUCGGGAAUACCGAAUCGCCAUAGGCGGCGAUCCACGUGAAAUGUGUUGUCAGGUUCAUCGACAAUUGCAAGCGAAAAGUUUUAGGGCUACCAGUAUUAACCUUGAAAGCAACGGAAAAUCAACAACGCCACAUUCUGGUACCGGUACUGUCGAUACAGCGUCCACUCGAGAGAAACGAGUUUCGAAGAGCACAGAUUGUUCUGUGGAAGCAAGCACAAUGCGACGGCUUCCCGGAUGAAAUGAGUACGCUCGCCCAGAAUCUUGACCAACAACCUGGUGAAGUUUCACCAAAGGUGGUGAAGAAAAGUAGCUGCCUCUACAAGCUGACCCCGAUUGUGGACAAAGAUGGCGUGCUUCGCAUGGACGGAAGGAUGGAAAUGUCGGAAGAUAUGCCGUUUGAUAAAAGGUUUCCGAUCAUUCUGCCACGAAAACACGCGAUGACGGAGAAGCUGAUUCAGUUCUACCAUGAAAAGUACGGACAUACUAAUCGUGAAACUGUGAUGAACGAACUUCGGCAACGGUUCUGGACCCCAAAUGCUCGGACUGCCAUUCGCCAAGCAACUAACAAGUGUGUGUGGUGUAGGGUACAUCGAUGUCAGCCACGUAUCCCCAGAAUGGCGCCUCUUCCGGUGCAGCGCGUUACGCCCUAUCUGCGACCAUUUAGCUCUGUAGGUAUCGAUUAUCUAGGUCCGAUAGAAGUUACUGUGGGGCGAAGAAGAGAAAAAAGAUGGGUUGCGGUGUUCACCUGCUUGGCCGUACGAGCGGUACAUCUGGAAGUGGUGCCUAGUCUUUCAACACAAUCCUGCUUGAUGGCUAUCCGAAGAUUCUGUUGUAAGCGAGGAGUACCACAGGAAAUAUUCUCAGACAAUGGGACAUGCUUCGUGGGUGCUGACAACGUACUAAUGAAGAUAAAUAGCGACUGUGCAACAAGUAUUACAAGCGCUACCACAGCGUGGCACUUCAAUCCUCCGGCGGCGCCACAUAUGGGCGGUAUCUGGGAGCGAAUGGUGAGGUCCGUAAAGGAGGCGAUGAAGACGCUGGACGAUGGACGAACGGUAUCCGACGAGGUUCUGCAAACAACGUUAGCGGAAGCUGAGGAUAUGAUUAAUACCAGGCCGCUAACGUAUAUGCCACAAGACUCGGCAGAGGAUGAAGCGAUCACUCUGAACCAUUUUCUUCGUGGGUUGGUAACUACUGCAGACUUGAUCGUUCAACCACUGAACGCAGCGCAAGCCUUGCGAGACACUUACAAACGUUCACAGUACCUAGCGAACCGAAUGUGGGAGAGAUGGAGCAAAGAAUAUUUACCAACGAUUAAUAGACGCACUAAGUGGUUCGAGGAACAGAAACCGUUGCAAGUGAAUGACUUGGUCUUCAUAGUAGACGGAAAAACACGGAAGAGCUGGAUUCGAGGGAUUGUGGAAGAGUUGCAUCCGGGAUCAGACGGAAGAGUAAGACAGGCGUUAGUGCGAACGGCUAGAGGUGUAUAUCGGCGACCUGUUGCAAACUUAGCGGUGUUGGAAGUCUGAUGGUAAAUCCGGAACUUCCGGAUGUUACGGGCAGGGGAAUGUUAACACCGCAGGGCAGUAAACCAAACACAACAGUAUAUCCGUAAUUUUUUUUUUUUUUUAUCUUCGCUUAUUUUUCGUCGGCCUAUUUCCGCCACUUCAGUGCCAAUCACCGACAUCAGGGAGGCGACUCCACCUGUUCCUACCUAUCAGACUCAACAACUCAUGAGCCGGGCCAACUUCUUUUACUUCCCCUCCGAAGGAAGACGUAACCAGAGAUUUUUCGCCUCAGAAAAUCCCAACGACGCCAGCUGGGAUUGAACCCGGGCCGAUCGGAUUGUGAGGCUGUUACGCUAACCACACAACCACUGGCGCCGUCUUAUAUAUAUCCGUAAUUGGCGUUCCUUAACCUGUUCGCUCUUGCUCCGUAUGUCAGUGAUAUGGGGGGAAAGUAAAUAAAAACAAAAAACCAAAAAAAAAAACAGAUAAAACCAGUAGUGCGAAUACGUUGUGAACACAAAUUUAAUUUUAUCAGUGAAAUAGUAUUGAAAAAGGGUAUAUAUAAGGGAAAAUUCGAAUGAAAAGUAAUUUAUGUUUAUAUUUAUUUGAAAAUCAUAUUAAAGCAGUGCUUUUAAUUACGUUUCAAGGUUCUUUGGCGACAAAAGGUUCGUUCCUCCAUUGAAUAACCUGAAAUAGAAAUAAAAUUGGGAAUUAAUUAACGAUCGAAAUUGUAAGUUUACGGUUUACGGUACGGUACGGUUACGGUUUACGGUUUGAAAGAAAAUAAGAUAUUUUUUAGUAGUAGUAGUAAAAAGUUUAUUUAUUUACAUUGAUUUAUGUUGGCAUAUAAUUUACAUUUCAAGUGUUUAGCCUGAAAGACCUGUCAGCUUUGAUUAGAAAAUUUUAUAUUUGAGUGACUAAUAGUCCCUGUUAUUCAAUUGGAAGUAUACUAACAUUUGAAAAAUUUUCUCCUCAACAGGAGAUGAUUAAAGUGAAAUUGAAAUUUAAUAUCCUACCUAACUAAAACUAACUUAAAACUAAGCGAGAUCAUUAAUGAUGCGAUGAUCCGAUCUUCGGCAAGAAUCUCUGAACCUAGCCAGAAUUAGUACUUUCCUCUCUUCCAAUAUUUGAAGACCAGCCAGACGAUGGAUUUCAGAGUUUCUCGUCCUUGGAGGACUGUCUAGAACCAUUCUGAGCAAUUUAUUUUGAGCUAUUUGCAAUUUUGCAUGAUGUGUAUUUGCGCACGACUCCCAGACUGGCAAAGCGUACUCCAUUAGAGGAAGAAAUAUUUGCUUGUGAAUAGCACAUUUAUUUUUUACCGAUAAUGCAGAUUUCCUGUUGAUAAGGGGAUACAAUGCUUUCAUAAGGAUGUUGCAUUUGUUCAAUGUUUUGUCCACGUGGGAACGGAACAGUAGUUUACUAUCGAGGGUGAGACCAAGGUAAACUACUUCCCUUGACCAUUCAAUGGGAUUGUUGUUCAAGUGAACAAAAACAUUGCUAGGCGAAACAAGUUUAGGUGAAUUUGAAUGCGGAAACAGGAUGGCUUGAGUCUUAGUCGCAUUGAUACGAAUUUUCCAGCUAUCAAAAUAGUCGGACAAAACAUCCAGGCCCUUCUGAAGUCUUCUCGCCAGAGCACGGAUCACUCGACCCUGAUGAUGGCAGUGUCAUCAGCGAAUAAAGACAGAAUGCCGCCACCCGGAAGGGGAGGAACAUCUGAUGUAAAUAUGUUGAACAGGAUAGGUCCUAGAACACUACCCUGAGGAACACCGGCAUCAACUCUGAAGGUAUCAGAAUGGGAAUUCCCCAAGAAGACUUGGAACGAUCUGCCCGCUAAAUAACUGCUGACGAUCUUCACAAGGGAGAUCGGGAAAUUGUAUAUAUGCAGCUUAAACACAAGGCCAUCAUGCCAGACAUUGUCGAACGCCUUCUCGACGUCCAACAGUGCCAUCGCCGAUGUUUUCGAAACAUUCUUGUUCCGCCUGAUGAUAUUAGUAACCCGUGCGAGCUGGUGAACAGAGGAGUGACCCUUCCUGAACCCGAACUGUUCCUGGAGGAUGAUGUUGUUCUGGUCUGAGAACUCCAGUA